AUGGGGCAUACACUUUCGGUACAUCGCCAGUACUAUCGUUUGCAAGACCAAACACUGGAGCUUGCUAAAGUUAGCAAGCUGCUGAUAGCAUCGGAUGCAGGACAGGCGCACAAGUUCGCAGGGAAAUCCCUGGACAACAUUGCUUUGGAAGAUGUUGAGUACUUUCCAGAAGAAGAGGACGAAUCUUUGAAUGAUGUCGUUGAAGGUGAGGAAAUAUCAAAGGAUGAUGAUUAUGUGGAUGAUGGUGUUGACACAGCUGACAUCAGUGGUGAUCAUGGAGUUACACCAAAGAAGCAGACAAAAGGUUCACAAAGAAAGCCAUGGAUUAAAGAAGACAGACUUCUGUUGAAACGGGUUUUCUUCCACUGCUUGACAACAAAGAAAACACCAACAAAAAAUGACAUAAUGCUAGGUGUGAGAAAGAAUGAAAAGAUAAAAGCACUUGUUAAAGAAAGAGGAUGGAAAGCAGUAAAGUACUAUGUAUGGAAUUUGGUGCAACAGCACCAAAAGCAACAAAAGAAGUUACUGGCUAAGUGA